ACCAACUGACCCACCAGCCCUUGAUUGCCACCAUCAUCAAUUAAAAUUGACCCAUUCGAUGCCCUUCCCGAAACCAAUGUGUUUGCAAGUGGAAAUUGGUCACUCCUCGCUAAUGCAGAUGUCACGCCCUCGGAAGGGUAUAUAUAGAACAGGGGGCGGCACGCAUGUGUACAGUUUGGCUGGACAGGUGCCUCCGUUUUGCUGGCAGCCAUGAGGAUCCUACCAAUUGUGCUACUGACCUUGAUAGCGGUCCAUUCCGGUGGGGGGAAAAAGCAGGCCAAGAAGGCCAAGGACAAGGGACCCUGCGGCAAGCCCUUUCUGAAGGAGCUGAACGGGAAGUGCUACUACGUGGCCCACAAGAAGCUUAACUGGUUCGGGGCCCAGAACAACUGCCUGCGCAAGGGCCUCAACCUGGCGGACGUGUCCUCGCAGGAGGACUUCAACGCGGUGGUCCACUACGUGACGGUGCAGGUGGGCAUGGACGACUACUGGUUCGGCGGCAACGACCUGCAGUCGGAGGGUCGCUUCCAGUACAUCAGCAGCGGGAAGCUGGUGCGCUACAUGGGCGAGCACGGCAUGGUGGAGGCCACGCACCGCUCCAACAUGGACGACUGCCUGGAGAUCAGGAUCCGGCCCAAUCGCACCGUCGUGCUGGACGUGAACUGCCAGGAGAAGAAGUUCUUCGUCUGCGAGCAGAACCAGGGCAAGUGCGCCGUUCCAACGGCGGACAGCAGCGAUGCCAAUGGCCAGCACCACAGCCACGAGCAUCUGCAUCACUUCCACCACGACGCGGGCAAAAAGGAGAAGCAGGAGGCAGGAGGGAAAAAGGCACACAGUGUGGAAAGCGACUCGCGGCCAGCUGAUAAUUCGAAUUCGACGGAGAUCGGGGUCUCGAAGGAGAAGGAGGCGGAGGGCACGACGGCUGGAAGUGAGGGUCAGACGACUCCGGAGGCAUCCACUGCCGGCGAAGGCGAAACGACGCCAGCGGAAGGAGAGUCCACGGCAGCGCCGGAUGCAGCCGCCUCUGCCACUCCGGCGGAAGGAGCCACUGCAGCGGUCCCUGCUCCAGGAGCCGAGGCCACAACAGCCGCCACAGCAGCUUCAGCGGCCGAGGGGGCAGCUGCCCCGGAAACCACUCCAGCUCCGGCGGCCUAA